CUGCGGAGUUCCGUGCGCGCCGUUAGGGGGCGCUGCGGGGCCCCUCUGCCGUUUCCUCACCCACUGCAGGAGGAGAGCCCAGCGUGCCCGGAAACGGAAGGAGUGUGAGGGGGUCAAAGGUCACGGUGGCCCCGUCAUGCGUGACGGUUGGCGGGGCUGGGGCAGGCUGGCGGCGAUCCCUAGGCUGGGUCGAGAUGCCGUCGGAGCGGUAUCGCUGGGAGACCCUGGAGGCGCUCAAGGGCUCCAGCAAGGGGCAGCUGAGCUACUCCCAGGACUGGCUGCUGCGGGGUGAGGAUAUUUUGGAAGGAUGCCGGUCCCCUCCCAAGUUGUCAUCCUACUCUGGCUGGGUGCUGGAUCGAGUGAUCUCCAGAUCUCUACAGGAAACACCUCUCUCCCGAAGUUCAACACCCAAUGAGUCCAUUCCCCAUACAGAUGACCAGCCGCCCUCCCUUGCAAAGAUCACUUCUCCUGCCAGCGAGCUGGGCUCCUCACCACUUUCAUCUGCAGCACCCAGUGAAUCAAAGGGCAAUGAAGAUCUUAGGCUGCUGGAGACAGACCACAAAGUCCAUCUUCUUGUUUUACCUUCUAAAGUUACAGAAGUGGAAGGCUGCAUAUGGAUGUACAAGGAGGUCCAUAGGUUGAAAGGAAAGGAAGGGCUCAGGCAGAGGCAGGAGCAGCAAGAGCAGAUGAUGAGAGUGGUUUCUGAUAUGGCGAGUGAGCAGCUGAAGCGCUUUGAUGAGCUGAAGGAAUUAAAACAGCAUCAGGAAUACCAGGACCUGCAGGAAGUGAUGGAGAAGAGCUCCAGGGAGGCCCAGGGUCAGCAGGAGAAGUUGAAAGAGGAACAUCGACACAGAGCAAAGAUUUUAAACCUGAAACUUCGUGAAGCAGAACAGGAGAGGCAGCGUCAGGAGGAGUUGGAGCGUCUGCGCAAGGAAGAAGGCCAGGAAAGGUUACGCCGCCUCUAUUCUAUCCAGGAAGAGGUGCUGCAGCUUAACCAGCAGAUUGACCCCAACUACAGACAUAAAGACUUGCCACGGAUAGAUCUCUCAGGGUUCAGUAACCGUGGCAACCAGAUCUGCGGGCUAGUGUCUGGGCUCAUUCGCACCACUAGUGAGAGAGGUUUCCCUACUCAGGUAGAUGUAGCCAACACUGAGCGAGCACUGCAGGAAAUGCGAGGGUUAAUAUCUAGCAUGCAACAAGAAAUUGCCACAGCUUUGGAAGAGAAAAGAAAGCGGGAUGAAGAAGAAGAAAGAGAGAGAAAGAAGGAGUUACAGAAACAAGAGCAGCUGAAGGCCCAGACACCAGUCCCUGCACAACAUCCACGGGGGAAAGAGCAGAAGGAAGUAUUAGGACUUCAGGUUAAGGCAGAGGAGAGCACAAUGCAGUGGUACCAGCAAUUGCAGGAUGCCUCUGACCAGUGUGUUGCUUCCUUUAGUGGAUUGACUGACUGCAAAGACAAUCAGGUGAAGAAUAUCAGAAUGGAUCUCCAGAAAGCAGCCAGCAUCCCUGUGAGCCAGAUUUCGUCCAUAGCAGGCUCUCAGCUAAGAGAGAUAUUUGACAAAAUCAAUAAUCUUCUCUCUGGAAAGUCUGUUCAGUCUGGAGGGCGAACUGUGUCGGUGACUCAACAUCCACAGGGUCUGGAUUUUGUUUAUUACAAACUGGCGGAGAAAUUUGUGAAACAAGGAGAGGAGGAAGUGGCUUCUCACCACGAGGCAGCUUUCCCAAUUGCUGUGGUGGCUUCAGGAAUCUGGGAAUUACACCCCAGGGUGGGAGAUCUCAUUUUAGCUCACCUGCACAAAAAAUGCCCCUACUCUGUACCAUUUUAUCCUGCAUUCAAGGAGGGGACUCCCAUAGAAGAGUAUCAGAGGAUACUUGGUUAUCAAGUUAAGGAUUCUAAGGUAGAGCAGCAGGAUAAUUUCCUUAAACGGAUGUCUGGAAUGAUCCGUCUUUAUGCGGCUAUCAUUCAACUACGGUGGCCUUAUGGAAACAAACAAGUGACUCACCCUCAUGGGCUGGGCCAUGGAUGGCGCUGGAUGGCUCAAAUGUUGAACAUGGAGCCUCUCUCUGAUGUGACAGCUACACUUCUCUUUGAUUUCUUAGAGGUGUGUGGCAAUGCGCUCAUGAAACACUACCAGGUCCAGUUCUGGAAGAUGCUGCUACUUAUCAGAGAAGACUAUUUUCACAGGAUUGAAGCAAUCACCAUCUCUGGGCAGAUGGGCUCUUUAAUGCGGCUUAAGCAAUUUUUGGAGAAAUGUUUGCAGCGGAAGGAAAUUCCUUUACCAAAGGGUUAUCUGCCUUCUUCCUUCUGGAGGUCAUAAGUCCAGUUCCUUCCCAUUUUCAUCUUCACAGUAGUUCAAAGAAUUUCCUCACCUGGCUUCUUGUUACAUUCAGGGACAAGAAUACAUAGAAAUGUAAAUCUUACAUUUGUAUUUACAUGGAUGCUGUGGACAUUUUCAAUUCAAACAUUUUACCCAUCUUUGAUCCUAUUUUAUGCUGAACCGAAUUUGGAGCUUCAGUAACUUUUCUCAUCUAACUUAUUUUGCAAAUAAUUUAAGCCAUUCUGUUUGCAUUUGAUUAGCUUUAUGGACUCUAUUGUGCAGUGUAUUAUGGAAUAUAAGAGGCCCCUUCACAUCUUGAACAAGUACAGUGAAUGUGUCAAAUACAUAAACUGGUCUAAAUGCUCCAUUACACUUCAGAGUUUACUUACAGUAAGCAAUGACUUUCAGGUGGGAAUUUUUGUUCUGAGUUGAUCAAUCUGUGAUAGUUUUACAUGAAACUGCAAAUAGAAAUACCUCAGUACUUUAGUCAUAUUAAGGUCUAAAUAUAAAAUCCUGUAAAACUUUAUUUUUGCAUUUUAUAUGUCUAGCAUUUUAAAGUUAUUGUUUCAUUGUUAACCGCAUUGGAGCCCAUAGGAAAAUUCAUUUUGUAUCUGGCUGCCUAAAAGUGCAAAGCAGCAAAAGUGGUGGUUUUGUUAACGAGGCUGAUUUGAUGUUGGUCAAAUGUCAGUUGGUUCUCAGAGACAGCAUUGAUCUUUUCAUCUUUCCCCAGGGAAGGUCUUAAAAUCAACAGCUCUUUCAUUUUAACUUAGAAAUACUGAUUUUUCCUAAUGACACAGUAUUCCUUAUUUACCUGGGUUAGAUUUGAUUUUUACAGCUACGUAGGCAACAUGAUGGCUGCUAAAGAACAGCUCACUGCUUUUUGUUUUUUGGAUUUUUUUUAAAAGGCUUUGUAUGUAUGUAAUAUCUUUACUGUGAGGUUUAUGAAACUAGAAGGAACUGUGCAUUCAUGAUCCACCAUAUGAAAUCUAGUUUAGAAUCGGUAUGACCAAUAAAAAAAAAAACAAACAAAAAAACAGCAGGUGGAAGGGCACUUAACAGCUUUGUGUCUUCUUCAGUUCUGAUGAUGUGCUAUCUCAUGAAGAAAUUAGAAGUUAGAGUUCCCUUGGCUUGUCUAAAGAUGAACUGAACUGUGGUAUUGACCUGUGUAGAAAAAAGCCUUUAUAACUUGGGCAGACAUGGAUUGUAUGAGUUUUACAGCAAUUUGUGUAUAAGUACUGUAAUAAUUUUGUACUAAGAUAGUGUAAUGGUGAAUUAUUCUAAGAAUGGUUCAUUCUAGAAUCUUCUUUGAAAAAAAUGUUAAAUUUUAAGACUCUUUUUAACUUAAAGCUGAUGCAGUUCACUUCUCUCUGGGUGCCUGCAAUGGUGCCAAGUAAGUUUCUGGGAAUCCUUAAUGGGUGUCUUACCAAUAUGUUAUGGGAGGUCAGAUAGGGAGGUGGGUUGGGGGAAGGGAAGGGGGCAUUGUGGAGAUGCUUCUAUUAUCAUUGCACAUAGUAUGGAAUUUUAGUUUUUAAUCCAGAAUCUUCCUCCACCUUCCCUCACUGCCCUGCUUAUGUGCUUUACUUCAGCCUGGAGGGGCCACAUCUAGUAUUGAGGGGGUAAUUCAGUUUGCAUACUUGUUCAAUCUUUGACCUCUUUGCUGAGGUCUGACAGCCUUUUAGUGAGAGGGGACAGCUAAAGUGAGUUGGAUACCUAAUUACUAGGAACUGGGCUGGACAUUCAUUUUUUGUAGUCCACUUAACAGCCAUCAGAUGGUAGCCACUUGCUUGCUGUUGAUCUGGGCUCUGUUUGAAGUAGUAUCCUAGAAUCAACUAGACCUUUCCUCUUUUUUUUUCUCCCUCUCUCUUUGUAUAUUUGAUGAAGACCCUUUUAAUUCAGAAAUAGUUCAGGUAAAGAUUGUUCAAACAAAAUUAAUAGCAUUUUUCAUUUUUAUGUUUUAUUGGCAUUUUUUGUCACUGAGACCUUCAAAAAUGUUUUUAAUUCUUAGUGAAGAGCAAGUUUUGAGAGAGAGGAAAUUAAAUGAAAAUAAGUAAAAACUCAGACAAGAACAUGAUUGUAUGUAUUUGAGAAAUGACCAUUGAGGCAAAGUUUCACAAAACACUGCCACAAACACUAUUUAAGCAAUAUUAUAACAAGAUUUUGAGUAUUUGUGAUGAAGUAAUCUACUGAUAAAGCUUAUGCUACAGUGUUUUUAAUAAUGUGUAUCUCUAUAGCUGAAGUUUUGUAUGUUGAACUUUCCCAGGAAGCACAUGUAAAAACACUGUCCCUGAUACAAGAAGGAAAAUAAAAAGAAUUUUUUUUUUUUUAAGUCUGAUUGCUUAGAGUUGGUAAUACUGAUAGCUGUUCUAGAAUGCUACUGAAAGGAUACAAGGGGAGAUUGUCAAAAGCGCAAAGGACAGUUAGAUACUCAAGUCCUGUUAGUGCCUUGUAAAAUUUCUCUCACUGUGCCUAUGUUUAAGGUAGCAACCCUUGCUAUAAUGAACAAACUGAAGUAUUUAAUUACAUCUUGAAUAUCUAAUACUUACUGUUGUCAUAUUGGAUAUUUUGGUUAAAUAUUAUAGAUUUUGUUUACGUUCUAAAAUGUGUGGGGAUCAUGUUUUGAUGACAAUAUGCAAGGCAGGAAGCUUUGUAUAUUUUAGUUAUUUUGGGGAUAUUAAUGAAGGUGUAUGUUUUUAUAAAUACCAUAAGGAUGUUGAGUUUUUCUGCCUAACUUAUGAAAGACUACUGCAAUGGAUUGCCAUGAUCUUUUGAAACUAUAUUUAAAUAUAGCAAUAAAUUUAUUUUUUAAAACACUUCCACUUAAUGUAUUUGCAUAAUCAAAAUGUAAUACAUACCACCUUUCCAGGGGUAGUUCAUAAUUGUGUCUAGUGGUGUCUAAUGUAACUGAAGUCUCAUUUUUUGUUACAACUGUUUUUUUCCAUUUCUGUCGAUUUGAGUGUUGGCCAUCUUACCUUACCAGGGUAUUUGGAGAACUUCUCAAUGCAGAGUAUAAUAGAAUGCAUUUAUAUAAUCCCAAAUGCACUUAAAGGAUUUGUUUCAAGUAUGUAUGCGUCACAUUCAUUUCAAAUACAGUGUAAAUGGGAACAUCUGACAUGAAAUAUUGUUGUACAUUAAUGACCUGAUCCAAUUUAAAUUGCUGUGACUCAUGCACUUCCUUAGAGAUAAUGGUUCUGUUGCAGUCCUCCAGGUUCUGAUGCAAUGUCUGUGGAAGACUAUUUUUAUUCUAUUUAAUUGCUUUAACAACUUGCACUGGAGCUGAAAGAGAACGUAUGUUUGUGGGGUUUUUUUUUAAAUAAAGAACAAAACCACCA